AUAAACUCUGAAGAGCAUGUUGAUACAGCUGAUCAGGAGACAGUCUCUUGGGAUCGCAUUAUUCCUGAAGAAAUAAAACAAAAAAUACAGCCUAAAGAGGUUCCAGCAGAAAGUGUAACUGUCUGGAUCGAUCCGUUAGAUGCUACACAAGAAUACACAGAGGAUCUUCGACAGUAUGUCACGACAAUGGUUUGCGUAGCUGUAAAUGGUAAACCGGUAAUAGGAGUGAUACACAAGCCGUUCUCAGCAUAUACAGCUUGGGCAAUGGUGGAUGGUGGGUCAAAUGUAAAAGCUCGUUCCUCCUACAAUGAGAAAACUCCAAGGAUUAUUGUAUCCCGCUCCCAUGCAGGAAAAGUUGAGCAAGUUGCACGGCAGACAUUUGGAAAUAAGACUGUGAUAAUCCCCGCUGGUGGAGCAGGUUAUAAAGUGUUGGCCCUCCUUGAUGUGGCUGAAAAGAAUCAAGAAGAAGCUGACGUGUAUAUCCAUGUCACCUACAUUAAGAAGUGGGACAUAUGUGCAGGAAAUGCAGUCUUGAGAGCAUUGGGUGGCCAUAUGACUACCCUGACUGGUGAAGAAAUCAGUUACACUGGCUCAGAUGGCAAUGAGGGAGGACUUAUAGCCAGUAUCAACAUGAACCAUAAAGCACUAAUUGAAAAACUUCCAGAUCUGGAAAAAACAUCACACAAAUAAACUUGUCUGAUGGAGAAGUACAGGUCAUGCUUUUGUAGCCUCCAAAAGCUCUGUCUGAAGAAGCAGGUAUGAAAACCUGCUGGGAAAGAUGCACAGCAAAGCAGUUCGGUGUGGGUUUGGGGGCUAUAUCGUGCAUUGGGUUUCUUCAGUGGUGAUAUUUAAAAAAGAAUAAAAUAAUAAUUAUCAGAAGUAGGAAUGGGACUGACUGCCUCACACCUCAGUUUCCAUGUUUUAUUUUUUUCAGACUGUUUUCAUGCAGUUCUUAUACACAAGGUGCAUAUACAGUAUAUAUUUGUGAAUGUAGGUGAACUAAAGAAAAAUCCAAACUGAUUCAUAAAAUAACCUAAGUAGUUCUCACGGGAACUUCUUGGAACCUCUUACAUCUUGUUACUGUAGUUAUAGCAACUCCGUAACGAAUUAGGUAGGAAAAACGGUUGAUUUGUAUAGGCAAAACUCUGUAAACA